AAUAAAUUAGAGAUGAAGACCCGCUUGAUAUUCAUCUUAGUCCUUUAUAUGACUUUAUGCAUAGCAGAUCAAACAUGUUUGGAAAGGUUCAACGAGUUAUUAGAAUAUGACACUUCAAACGACGAUAUCAUGGAUGAUAGAGCGUAUAUAUUUCAUGUCGCCAUGGCGAAGCAUAAGCACGAUCUGGGGAACUAUCAGUUUUGAUCUGAAAGAGGAGAGAAACAUGAUCUUAAAUACUCCCUCCUUGCACUCAGAGUUUCCGAUACCAGAGGGAAUGACAGGUUUAUCUACAGAGGCAACUGAGUUCCAAGUGGCUGCACCAGCGAAGAAAUAGAACGAGCAUUUUAUGGCAUGAUGGCUAAUCAGUAUCGGACCUCAUAUGCUCAGAGUAUAGAUCUUACUGCUACUUUCCCUCAGUAUGAGGCUCCACAGGUCAAUAUCGGAACUAUUCUGUCUCUUUGACUAGUUGGGGUUCUUAUUCUCCUAGUCAUUUUUGGCACAAUCGUUGAUAGAACAAGUCUAUUUAAAAAUCCAAACUAUGAACGACCUGUGUACAACCCUGAUGAGGAAGAACCUGUGGAAGACCCUUCAAAUGACUAUCUAAAGAAGACCAAAAUAGGGAACUUCAUGUCUAGUUUUAGCAUCCCACGGAACUUCAACAGGAUAUUCUAUGAGCCAUUUGGGAUGCAGAAGGAACUAAGAAUUUUUAAUGGAGUUUAUGUAUAUUCUUUCAUCUUGGUUAUCCUUAAUAAUACCUACUUCGUCAGUUCAAAGUACGGGAUAGUAGAGUCCUCUCGUUUUUCAAAGGAGAUGGCUUCGAUCUUCCACUUCUUCUUGCUAAGAUUCCAUUUGGUAUAUGAGCUGUACUUCUUCUCAAUAGGAUUCAUCUCCUGUAUAAAGAUAUGGUCAAUGUAUUAUCUUGCUGACUACAAAGGGUUUAUGUUCCUUGAGGUCUUCAAGCUUAUAUACAGAAGGUGGUUCCCAAUGGUAUGAAUCCUACUGUAUUCCAUAUUCCUGUUUCAAUUCACAGGAGGAGGUCCGCUUUUUCAGUUCUGACAUAACAACUGGGUCAUUGGUACUGAAAAAUACCCCCAUUGAAGCAAGUACUGGUGGGUCCCACUUGUGUUUGGAUCGAGUAUUUUUAAUCCUAGAUCAGGAUCUCACUGACUGAGUUGGCUCUGGAUUGUCUCAAAUGAAGUCAUUUUCUUCACCGUCUUGAUGUUCAUCUUCUACCUUUAUAAGUUUAGAAGAUGGCUUGGCUAUUCAGUUCUGGUCUUGCUCAUAAUAGCUAAUGUAGUUUCUACAUUUGUGUUUUCCUAUAAACUAGAUUAUGCAUACAGAAAUGAGAUAUCUAGAAGAGAUUCAGCAAUUAUUGCACUAAAUCCUUUGAAUUCUUCAAGCAGCUUCCUACUUGGUGUAACUUUUGCUCUAAUGUGGUUUUCAUACAAGAAUGGGAGGAAUUCUUACCACCAGAUUAGCUUAAUAAGUCAUUUUUACUCAAAGCUAUUAGCUAAUAAGCUCUUCAGAAUUAUUAUAAUGAUCAGUGGAAUUACCGUAUGUCUGCUCAUAUUCUUUCUCCCCUAUCCAUUAUUUACCACAGAUGAUGGUACAACAAAAAGUGUACUGAGCAGUAUCCUAAUAUCUAUUGAAAGACAAGUCUUCACAGCAGGAAUUAUCUUAUUCCUAACCCCCUGUGUGCUUGGAAAAGCAAGGGCUUUUAGGUCCCUUCUAGGCAAUAGAGCAUUGAUAGCAUUUGCAAGACUAACAAACGCAGCUCUAUUAGUGCAUGGUAUAAUCCUCAUGUGGUAUUACUUUGGAAAAUACCAAAUACUCAGAAUUAAUGGGAGUGUAAUCUUCAUGUCUUUCAUAGCUCUAACUAUUCUUUCCUACUUUUUAGCGGUGAUUUUUGCUCUAAUGAUUGAAACACCGCUUAUAACUAUGGAAUCUUUAUUAUGGUGUCCCAGGAAGAGAAAAUAUCUAAGAGAAAGUCUUAAUAGGCUUGGUAUAAAGAGAUAUGAAAGUUUUAAACUUACUAAAGUAGCUAAAGAGACAGCCUCAAAUACUAGUAAAAGUUCUAAAGGUUCGAUGAAGGAAAUUUCUUCCUACGAAAAUUCGAAAAUAAACUCUGUUGCUAACUGCGGUCAUAAAUUUAUCAGGCGAUCAAAUUCCUUGGAUGACGAAGUUGAAUAUAAUGCUCCAAAUGUAAUGCCUAAGACUCUUCUAAAUGAUAGUGAAGGGUCUAAGAAUUACACAAGUUUUAAAGAGCCUAUGCUAUCAGAGAACUAGACCCGUCCCAGCCAAAGUGAUCGCUUUGGAACCAGUCCUGACCUCUUGGUCCACUUUGAAGGCCUAAGUGGCUGGAGCCUCAUUGCUUGGUGCUUUAGGGCUUCUGAAUGGAGACUGAGCGGACCAAGCCAAAGCAUUGUUUUAGUGAAGAUUUAAUA